AUGUCUCUCAAGACUCUUCUCGUUUCGACACUGCUCGUGGCAACUGCCAUCGCGACAGACCACGGCAGCGGUGGUUCCUCGUACGGCAGCGGUGGAUCAUGGGGCGGCGAUAGCGGCAGCGGUGGCUGGAGUAGUUGGCCAAGCGGCGGUGGUCAAGCACCUCCUGCUUUGGCGGCGCCUUCUUGCCCGGCUGGUUGCAUGCCAUUCCCGACUGGACCUCCUCCGGCAGCGCAGACUCAACCAGGCCAAUUGAUCGUGCAAGUCGUGUCGGUCUCCGAUGCCAAUGGCUCUUUGAAGUACUUCCCCGACAAGAUCACGGCGCCAGUCGGCUCAAUCGUGCAGUUCCAAUAUCACCCCAAGAACCACACCAUCACGGAAUCGUCAUUCGCAGAGCCGUGCAAGCCCAUUGCCUCAAAUCUGACCAGCCCAACCCGCCCGGGUUUGAAAUCGGGAUUCGUCCCGGUCACCGGCAUGGAACCUUUCACUCCCGUCUACAACGUGCUCAUCAACGACACCAAGCCCAUCUGGAUCUACUGCGGUCAGACCAACCACUGUCAAAAAGGCAUGGCUAUGGUUAUCAACCAGAACGAUUCGUCACCUAACACGAUCGAGGCAUACAUCUCCAAGGCUGCCCAACUACCGAUCGCCAGCACGCCGCCGCCGCCACCGUCGUCAGCAGCACCCCCCGUGGAAGCACCCCCUGCCUCGUCACCGCCCCCUCCCGCGUUCGGCGGCGGCGCACCUCCUCCAGCUGAGACCUCUUCGUCAGUCGCUCCUCCUCCAGCUGUCGCGACUGUCACCCCUCCGUCCAGCCCAGCGGCUGUGGCUCCUGCAACCUUCACUGGUGCGGCUGUGCCUGGCUUUGUGCCUCAGUCAUCGACAGGUGUGGCUGGUCUUGUUCUCGGUGCGCUUUUGGCUCUGUGGUAA